CGCCCGGGCGGAUCCGGCGGAAGCUCCGGGCAGGUUCCGGGCCGCGAUGGCUCCGGACCCCUGGCUGCCGCAGCUGGCCGCCGCCCGCCAGCUGGCCCAGGACAUCGCCGAGAAGCUGCAGGAGCGGAGCCGCUGCCAGCGGAGCGGGGAGAGCUCGGCCAAGGUGAACGUGGCCAUCAGGUCCUCUCUGCAGAGCCUCGGGGAGAAGAUUGAGCAGCUGAGGGAGCAGCUGCUGCGGGCGGUGUCCACACGGCAGAUCACCCAGCUGGAGGGGGACAGGAGGCAGAAUUUGGUGGAUGAGCUCCUGACACGGCACAGACAGCUCGAGGCAUCCUACAGGAACGAGGGCCCGGAGGCAGACGUGAGCAGAUCCAGCCUCAUGGCAGGAGGGGCCAAACGAGGCGUCACCAACCCCUGGCUCCUGGAAGAACCCGAGGAGACCAGAGGACUCGGCUUUGAUGAGCUCAGGCAGCAGCAGAGGAGGAUCAUUGAAGAACAAGAUGCUGGACUCGAUGCUCUUUCUUCAAUCAUAUCCAGGCAAAAACAAAUGGGGCAGGAAAUUGGGAAUGAGCUGGAUGAGCAGAACGAGAUCAUUGACGACCUCACAAGCCUGGUGGAGAACACGGACGAGCGGCUGCGCAGCCAGACCCGGCACGUGAGGACGGUGGAGAAGAAAUCGGCGUCCUGCGGGAUGCUGGUAGUGAUCGUGCUGCUGCUCAUCGCCAUCGCCGUGGUCGCGCUCUGGCCCACGGGAUAACCCCGACCCCGCUGGAGCUGCUGUGCCAGGGGGGCUCCAGGGCUCGGGAGGGACCUGCUGAGGGCAGGGAAUGAACUGCAUCCAUCCCUGGGAGUGACUCCACAGCUGGGAACGAACUGCAUCCAUCCCUGGGAGUGACUCCACAGCUGGGAAUGAACUCCAUCCAUCCUUGGGAAUAAACUCCAUCCAUUGCUGGGACUGAACCCCACAGCUGGAAUAAACUCCACAGCUGGGAAUGAACUCCAUCCAUCCUUGGGAAUGAAGCCCACAGCUGGAAUAAACUCCAGUGCAGCAGACUGAAGCAGCGCCCACCAGACAUCCGCUGUCCCUGGAGGGCCCCUGAGGAGCUCUGUGGGAUCCGGGGGAUUUUGGUGGGGAAAAGGAUUUCACCCCACUCUUCCCACCCUCCUCUGGCACUCAGGCAGCUGCAGCUGUGGGAUGGACCCACCUCUCCUGCACCUGGGACACGCUGGUGCUGCUGCCCUGCCUGUCUCGCUGAGCCCAGACAUCCCUGGGGCUCCAGACACUGAAAUCCAGGCGUGGUUUGAGAAGAGCAACUGGAACAGCAACUGGAGAACAGCAACAGGAGCAGCAGCUGGAACAGCAGCUGGAACAGCAGCUGGAACAGCCGCGUUCCCCUGCCCUGGGCUCCCUCCUUCACAGGAAAGUGCUCCCGGGUUUUCACGGAGCAGCCCUGGGGAAUGCUGCAUCCCGAUUCCCCGGGAUGGGAAGGGACAGCCCUGCAGGACCCCAGGGCUGCACGGGAUCGCUGCUGACUGGCUCAGUGCUCAGCCCUGGGGAGGUACUGGGGGGUUAUUGAUCCCCAGGGGCAGGUAUUGUGGGGGUUAUUGAUCCCCAGGGGUAAUUAUUAGUGGGUUAUUGAUCUUCAGGGGUAGUUAUUGGUGGGUUAUUGAUCUCCAAGGAUGGGAACUGAACAGCAGCAGGACUCAGCCCAGCCUGUGAGAGUGGAGAGCUUUGCCCUCGUGUGCUCCCCAGGGGCUCUGCCAGCCUGGCCUCGGGAGAUGCACCAGAAUUAACAUCCUCACUGAGCUCUGGCUCUUCCUUUGACAGCUCCUCAGACCCUUCUACAGCUGAGAGGAAGGACUGCCUAUUUCAAAACUAACGAAAAAGAAGUAUUAAAUGUUUGCUUCUGGCCAAGAGAAUAAUUAUUUUGUUACACAUGUCAGUUUGAUUUCAGGAUUAAUUGAGCAAGCAAUAAAUACUGAUUAAAGCUGAUCCAUUUAUAUACAG